AUGAGCGACGCAAUUGCACCUUCGAACGAGACAUCUACAAUAGAUACAUCUAAAUGGCCACUUCUCCUUAAAGGUUACAGCAACCUUGUAUGCAGAGAUGGCUUAUAUACACCAUUACCAUGCGGACAUUCACCAUUAAAGCGUCCAUUAAAAGAUUACAUGAAAUAUGGUGUUAUCAAUCUUGAUAAGCCAUCAAAUCCAUCAUCACACGAAAUUGUUUCAUGGGUAAAGAGAAUCCUUGGCGUUGCAAAGACAGGACAUUCCGGCACUCUCGAUCCAAAGGUUACAGGCUGCCUUAUCAUUUGCAUUGAGAACGCAACAUGCAUUGGCAAGUCUCAACAAAAUGCUGGUAAGGAAUACGUCGCUGUUCUUCGUUUAUUCGAAACAGUUCCAAGAGAAAAACUCGAAGAGGCCAUCAAGUUCCUCACUGGAAAGCUUUAUCAGUGCCCACCAGCUAUCUCAGCCGUUAAGAAGCAACUUCGUGUCCGCCAAGUUUAUUCAAAUGAAUUAAUCGAAUACGAUGAUGAACAGAAGCUAGCUGUUAUGCGCGUUGCCUGCGAAGCUGGUACAUAUAUCCGUACACUCUGCGAGCACCUUGGUCUUUAUCUUGGUGUUGGUGGUGAAAUGGCCGAACUUCGUAGAACACGUUCCGGCUUUACAACAGAAACAUGCGGUCUCGUCACAAUGCACGAUGUCCUCGAUGCUAAGUACCUUUAUGACAAGGAAGGCAACGAGAAGUACUUGAGACGUGUUAUCCGCCCACUCGAAUGGAUGCUUAGGAAUAUGAAGCGUAUUGUCGUCAAGGAUUCUGCUAUUGACGCUAUCUGCCAUGGCGCUCCAAUUUAUAUCCCAGGUAUCAUGAGAUUCGAUAAUACAAUCGAAACAGGCGACCAAGUUGUCGUCAUUACAGCUAAGGGUGAGGCUAUCGCUCUCGCCAUCGCUACAAUGACAGCUCAACAGAUGUCCGUCAAUCAGAAGGAUGUAGCUGCUACACUCAAGCGUGUUAUUAUGGAUAGAGGCACAUACGUCAAGAGCUGGGGUAAGGGUCCUGUUGCUCUCGAGAAGAAGAAACUCAUCGCUGAAGGAAAGCUCGAGAAGAAUGGUAAGCCAAAUGAAAAGACACCAAAGGACUGGCUCCGCAAUACACUCAAUGGUAAGGUUAAAAACAACAAAUAA